CCUCCUCCUCCUCAUUCGCGAUCUCUCUCUCUCUCUUUCUUUCGUCGUUGGAUCCAAAGCUCCUCCUCCUCCUCGCCUCGCGCUCCUCGUCCCUUCUCUCGUCCCAUCUCUCAUCUCAUCUCUUGGUAGUUGCCAGUUGGGACUUGGGAGAGAGAGGAGCAGGAGGCAGGAGCAAGAGGAGGGCAAGAUCGAUCAAGAUCAACAUGUCCAACAACAAGGUGCUGACCCUGGAGGAGGUCUCCAAGCACAACACCAAGGACGAUUGCUGGCUCAUCAUCGGCGGCAAGGUGUACAAUGUGACCAAGUUUUUGGAGGAUCACCCUGGAGGUGAUGAUGUCUUGUUGUCUUCGACUGCCAAGGAUGCUACCGACGACUUCGAAGAUGUGGGGCACAGCACCACUGCUCGGGCGAUGAUGGAUGAGUAUUAUGUCGGCGACAUUGACGCAACCACGAUACCCACCAAGGUGAAGUACACGCCCCCGAAGCAACCACACUACAACCAGGAUAAGACACCAGAGUUCAUCAUCAAGAUCCUCCAGUUUUUGGUUCCCUUGGCGAUAUUGGGAUUGGCUGUUGCUGUAAGGAUCUACACCAAGUCAGAGUCUGCUUAGUAUUGUUGUCAGUCUUUCAAAAGGUCAAGAACUUAAUAAGUUAGUGAGGAUCCGAGGAUUGCGUAUUUUGUACCAGCAUGGUCUGUCAUGUUUGUUAUGGUUCUAAGACUAAUACUGGUAAAAUGUGACUAAAUCAAAUGGAUAUUUGAUCAUAUUUUCCAUGGUACUGAUGAAUGUUCCAGAAUGGCUGCUCUAA